AUGCGCACGCGCGAAGGCCCUAUACCCGACAACUCACUUGUACGUCACGAGAAACUGGGUAUAGGGCAGUUUGGGUUGGUGUAUCGGGGAGACCUGAUCAUCCGCGAGAAAGUGUGUCCUGUCGCCAUCAAAGAACUCAAAAUUUGCAGACCCGAAUACCGCGCCCAGUUUGUGGCCGAGGCG